AUGGUGUUGAUGCGUAAGUUUCGAUGCCAUGGCGGGGUGCAGUGCAACUGUGCCCUCCACUGCUUUUACUUUUAUCGCUGCCCCUUAUUAUGUACAAAUAUACCGAUACGUACUGCUGCGGUACUGAGCUCCCUUAGAAGAUCCUCACCACUGCUGUCUGAUCCCUACGAAAGCGGCACAAAAAAAACCUUCUCCCCCCGUCGAGCCUUUAUUCACACCACAGAAAGAAGCAAAUUGAUGUCGGAGGAAAUAAUUACAAAGCUUCGGGAGGUUGUUGGCUUGGAUGAAAAGAAUGCGAAGGAUUUGUCCACGAAGCCUGAACGUGUGACGGACCUUCUCGAGUUCUUCGGCGUCCAGGGAAUUACGGCCGCCUCGCCUCGGGAGCAAAAGGUGAUGAUGUUCAAUAUUUGGACAAAGGUGAAACUCUCCGAGCAUCGUGACCACAUCGCCACUUACGUAAAGAAUAAUAAGCUCGACUCCACGCAGAAGGUGGACGCUGCCGUGCGGUUUGUUAAUGCCCUCAAGGCGAACGCCGCGUUUGAAGUUGCGAAGUUUGAGGAAGAGUGCGGUGUCGGUGUUGUAUUGUCCCGUGAUGAUACCGUCAGGCUUGUGAAGGAGGCACUGGAAGCGGAGGAUCCCAAAGUGCUCAAGGCUUCGUGGGUGAAGAAUCCCAAUAUGCUCAUUGGUAAGGUGAAACGAGCAAAGGGACUGCAGUGGGCCGACAUCAGCGUGGUAAAGUCUGCAGUGGAGGAAAUGGUGCCCCCCAUGAUUGAAGGUGUUGUACUUGAGGAAGCACCCAGUAAACCAAAGCAGGCAGCACCGUCUGCUCCGUCCGGUAAGGGAGCGGGAGGCGCACAGCAGUGCCCACGCAACGAUGACUGGAAGAACGUCGUUGAUACGAAGAAACGCAAUCUUAUUGGCGAUUUACCCAAGUGCAAGGAAGGUGAAAUUGUGCACGUAAUUGGGUGGGCGCAUCGUGUCCGGCAUCAGUCACGCAUUUCCUUUGUUGUACUACGUGAUGGUUCGGGCUACAUUCAAGUGGUUUUUGGAGGCGAAACGGAACCGUUUCAUCGAGAGACGUCGUUGGCUAUCCGUGGAAGACUGAAACACGAACCAAAGGCCAAAGCCGAGUUGCAGCCCCCGUACGAACUGCACGUGGAGGAGUACGCUAUCAUUGGCAACUCAGACGGAAGCAUUGAAAACGUUAUUACAGCUGAAAGCUCCCCUGAUAAAUUGCUGGAUGAUAGACAUUUAGUCAUUAGAGGAACGUAUGGAUCUACAACACUAAAGGUGCGGCAUGAACUUAUUCGUGCCUUCCGCGAGUACUUCUGGUCCAAGGGGAUGUACGAAGUAACACCGCCAACGCUUGUGGGUACUCAGUGUGAGGGUGGGUCAACUCUUUUUGACGUGAUGUAUUACGGAAAGAAGGCGUAUCUCACUCAGUCCUCUCAGUUAUACCUGGAAGCCUGCACAGCUUCCCUUGGAGAUGUUUACUGUCUCCUUUCAAGCUACAGAGCAGAGAAAUCCAAAACGAAACGCCAUCUAAGUGAGUACACACACUUGGAAGUGGAGUAUGCGGUGUGCAAUUUUGAGGAGAUGUUGACAUAUAUUGAGGACCUCAUCGUGUCGGUGUUCAACAUGGUGAUUGAACGUGUCGGUGACCUCAUUGCCUUCAUGAAUCCCAAGCAAUUGGUCGAUCCGAACGGCAACCCACGCGAUCCCAAGAACUGGAAACUGGCGCCGAAGAAACCCUUCAGGCGGCUCAAGUAUGCUGAUGCAAUUAAAUUCUGCAACGAGCACAACAUAUUAAACCCCGAGACCAAUGAGCCAUUCAAAUUCGGUGAGGACAUCACUGAUCAACCGGAGCGGGCAAUGGUGGGAAUGAUUGGCGAGAUUGUUUUAAUGACGCAUUUCCCUGCCGAAAUGAAGUCCUUUUACAUGGCUCGGGAUGAUCAUGACAACCGGCUCACGGAGUCAGUGGAUGUGUUGGCGCCCGGCAUUGGUGAAGUGGUUGGCGGCUCGAUGCGUAUGUGGGAUUAUGAUGAGUUAAUGGAGGCAUACAAACGCGAGGGUCUCGACCCCGAGGUGUACUACUGGUAUACGGAGCAGCGGAAGUACGGCUCAACUCCGCACGGUGGUUUCGGGUUGGGGCUGGAGCGGCUGCUUGUGUGGCUGUUGGAUCUUGACUCCGUAAGGGAUGCGUGUUUGUUCCCACGUUAUAUGGGUCGAUGCCAACCCUAA